AUGCCGCCACCACCGAUGCACGCUGGCGCUGAUGCGUAUGUCGAAAGCGGAGGAGGCUCGAAAUCAUUUGGCUUUGAUUCGGCAUCUAUUCGAGCUGCAUUUAUUCGGAAAGUCUUCAUUCUUGUUGGCAUCAUGUUAACAAUUGUAACACUGAUGACGGCAGUACCGUUUUUACAUCACGGAACGAUGACAUUUGUGCGCCAAACGCCGGCACUGUACUUCAUAAGUUAUAUCGUCUUCAUGGUGGUUUAUAUCACGUUGAUAUGCUGCGAAGGCGUUAGACGGUCAUUUCCGGGCAAUUUAAUUGCACUGGGUGUCUUGACAUUAGCAGUUGGUUACAUGACGAUGAUGAUCUGCUCGUUCCAUAAUGUGACUUCGGUGUUGCUGUGCUUGAUUAUCACGGCUGUUUGCUGCGCCGGCAUCAUUCUUUUCUCGUCCCAGACAAAAUAUGACUUGACAAGUAUGAUUGGUGUGAUGUUCAUCAUAUCUAUGGUAUUGCUGGUGUUCGGUAUCGUUGCAAUUAUUGCUUCUGUGGUGUUCCACGUCAGAUGGCUGUAUACCGUUUAUGCUGGACUUGCUGCGCUCGUUUUCAUGGUUUAUCUGGCCAUCGAUAUUCAGAUGAUAAUGGGCGGACGGAAAUUUGAAAUUUCGCCCGAAGAUCACAUAUUUGCUGCGAUUCAGGUGUUUCUCGACAUUGUGUACAUUUUCUGGAUGCUGCUUACAUUGUUCGGCUCAAGCAAGUGA